AUGACAGAAUACGUAUCAUAUGCGCGGCAGAACAUCAUGCCUAUGAUCUCCGAGGACGCUGUAACUGGUCUCAUUGACGGUUACAUGAAACUGCGCUCAUGGGGUGGACACAACACUAUCUCAGCCACACCCAGGCAUCUGGAGAGUCUCAUACGGAUAUCAGAGGCACAUGCACGUGUGCACUUGAGAGAAUCCGUCAUUGCCGAAGAUGUGGUAGAGGCUUUAAG